AAUAUAAAAAUUUGCAAUUUACAUCGAGAAAGUCGAAUAAAAUUAAAUUUAUGUAGAAUUCUGAAAGAACAACACAUAAAAUGGGGUACGAUGUAAAUCGCUUUCAGGGCGAUGUAGACGAGGAAUUAACCUGUCCAAUUUGCUCAGGAGUUCUAGAAGAUCCCCUGCAGGCGGUGAUGUGUGAGCACGCCUUCUGUCGCGGAUGCAUUAACGAGUGGCUCACUCGACAACCAACAUGUCCUGUCGAUCGGAAUUCCUUGACCACAGCCAACUUGCGCGCAGUGCCACGAAUCUUGCGCAACCUGCUGUCGCGUCUCUCUAUUACCUGUGACAAUGCGCCAUAUGGCUGCACAGCUGUGCUCAAGCUAGAUGCAUACAAUUCUCAUUUGGAAGAGUGUAUCCAUAAUCCGAAGCGUCCGUUUCCCUGCGAGAAAGGCUGCGGGUUCGAUAUCCCUAAGGAUGAGCUCAAAGAUCACAACUGUGUAAGGGAACUGCGUACGCUAAUUGUGAAGCAAACAGAAAAAAUGGGUGAAUUAAAAUCGGAGCUAACAGAUCAACAGCUAACCAUCAAUGAGCUGAAGCGGGAACUGCAGUUAUUUAAAGAUUUUAUGCGUGCCAUGCGCGUAUCAAAUCCAGCUAUGCGGGCAAUCGCCGAUCAAAUGGAACGCGAUGAGGUGAUACGUUGGAGUUCGGCACUUCCCCGGGCCAGAGUAACACGGUGGGGCGGCAUGAUCUCCACACCAGAUGAUGCAUUACAGCUAAUGAUAAAGCGUGCUCUCUCCGAAUCCGGGUGUCCGCCUCACAUUUUGGAUAGUCUUAUGGAAUUCUGUCACGAAAGACGCUGGCCGCGAGGCUUGGCCUCCCUAGAGACCCGUCAGAAUAAUCGUCGCAUCUAUGACAACUAUGUGUGUCGUCGCAUUCCAGGCAAACAAGCAGUGCUCGUCUUAAGCUGCGAUAAUUUACACAUGACCGAGGAUGUCAUGAUCGAUCCUGGACUGGUUAUGAUCUUUGCACAUGGCAUUGAAUAACCAAUCGGUUGAAUAACAACUACUUAUAUAUACAUAUAUAUUUGUACUCGAAUUGUGCUCAGUUUUGUUGGUUUUGUGUUUUCUUAUCAUAAGUUAAAUCUCAAAAUUCAUUACCAUUAUGUUGUACUCCUUAAGACAAAAUGUGAAAGACAAACUCGCAUAGAAACAUUUUGAAAUUUAAAAACCUUUGAAGCGCCUCAUCACGACCCUCAAGCUGUAGAAAAAUUCAUACAUAACACACACCAUACACACACAUACACUUACACACUCAUGCAGUGAGAGUAUACAUAGUUCAUGUUCAUCCGGGCAAGUCAGAUUGUACAAAUUGAUUUGCCCUUAUAAUUGUAAGCUAUUAAGCUUAAGGGGGAGUCAAUUUUCAGAGACAAUAAAAUUAUGUUUUAUCUCUCUUCG